AUGGCGUCUUCGGGAAGAGUAUUGCACAAGUCCGAGAGACCCCCUUCUUCGAGAAACAAUGGCGGUAGUGGUGGCGGUGGUGGUCCAGAAGAACAGCGCCAUUCGGUUCGCUCGAAUUCGAAAGCACCCAUUUCUAAUAGUAGACGCUCCGUCACUCCCACUUCAAGAACUCGCCCUCAACCUCUUGAUACUGACCCAGAAUCUGAAAGAGUGAGAGUUGCUGUUAGACUUCGACCCAGAAAUUCUGACGAGCUUUCGGAUGCUGAUUAUUCUGAUUUUGUUGAGCUACAGCCUGAGCUCAAAAGGUUAAAUUUAAGAAAAAAUAACUGGAGUUCGGAGUCGUUCAAAUUUGAUGAAGUAUUUUCAGAAAGUGCUUCUCAAAAGCGUGUUUAUGAGGUGGUUGCAAAGCCUGUAGUUGAGAGUGUGCUUGAUGGAUAUAAUGGGACAAUUAUGGCUUAUGGUCAAACAGGUACAGGCAAGACUUACACCCUUGGUAGCAUGGGUAAAGACGAUGCAUCAGAACGUGGUAUUAUGGUUAGAGCUUUGGAGGACAUAAUUACUAAUACAUCUGUAUCUGACACUCUGGAAAUUUCUUAUUUGCAGCUAUACAUGGAAGCCGUUCAAGAUUUGCUUGCACCUGAAAAGAUAAACAUUCCAAUUGUAGAGGAUGCCAAGACUGGAGAGGUAUCAGUACCUGGCGCUGCAAUAAUCAAGAUAACAAACCUCGAUCACUUCUUACAACUAUUGCAAAUAGGAGAAACAAACCGUCAUGCAGCUAAUACAAAGAUGAACACCGAAUCUUCGCGCAGUCAUGCAAUUCUCAUGGUUUAUAUUCGGAGAUCUGCCCAUGAGAAAGAAGAACUUGAUGUUUCUUAUCAAGGAAAUGAGAGUUCCACUAAUAGACAUGGUCAUCACUUACCUACUAUUCGAAAAAGCAAGCUGUUGAUCGUUGAUCUUGCUGGAUCUGAGAGGAUAAAUAAAUCUGGGAGUGAAGGUCACUUACUCGAGGAGGUCAAGUUUAUCAAUCUUUCUCUUACUUCUCUGGGAAAAUGCAUAAAUGCGUUGGCUGAACACAGUCCUCACAUACCUACUAGAGAUUCUAAACUGACAAGAUUACUUCGUGAUUCAUUUGGAGGUUCUGCAAGAACCUCACUUAUAGUAACAAUUGGACCUUCGUCUCAACAUUAUGCAGAAACCACAAGCACCAUAAUGUUUGGACAACGGGCAAUGAAAGUCGUAAACACGGUAAAGCUGAAAGAAGAAUUCGAUUAUGAAAGCUUAUGUCGGACGCUGGAGAAUCAAGUUGACCAUCUUAAUGCAGAGAUUGAUAGGCAACAAAAGUUGAGGGAGAAGGACAACAAUGAAAUGGAAAAAAAACUUCAAAAAUUUCAAAAGUCUUCUGCUGAGGCAGAAAAGAGUUUGGUUGCGAGGACUGAGUUUCUAGAGAAGGAGAAUACUCAAUUAAAAUCAGACACCAAAGGUUUAGUAAAGGAAUUGGACAGUCUGAAAGAACAAAAUAGCAAGCUGCUUAAUGAAAUCACUCGAGUACAAACAAGUUUAAAGAAUAGCAAGCUUUUACAGAAGGAGAACACACGUUUGGAAUUAGAGUUGAAUGAUGUACUUAAAGAUCUGAACAGCCAGAAAGAUCAUAAUGAUUUCAUGCACAAUGAGGUUGCACGUCUAGAAAUGAAUUUAAAGAACAGCAAGCUACAGCAGCUAGAAAAUUCCACAUAUCAGAAACUGCUUGCAGAUACAACCCAGAUGUAUGAGAAGAAAAUUGCUGAUCUAAUGAAGCAACUAGAAAAUGAAUGUGCUUGUUCUGACAAUGCUGAAGAACAACUAGAGAGAAUGAAGAAGCGGCUUAGUGAUACUGAAAAGUCAUUGCAGAUGGAAAAUGCUGGAUAUCAGAAGGCACUUGCAGAGACCACUAGGAUGUAUGAGGAGAGAAUAGCAGAGUUAAAUCAGCAACUAGAAGUUGAACGUGCUCAUUUUGAUGGGGUUGAAGAACAACUGCGUUCUACAAAAAGGCUUCUAAAUGAUAAUCAAAAUGCAGUUAAGAUCUAUGAAGAAAAAGAGAUUUUAGAGCUUAGAAUGAGGUUAGAAGAAAUGCAUGAGCUGCAUGAAGCCGCUGCCGAUGAACUUCAGCAGUUAAAUAUGGAAUAUAAGAAUCUGCAAUGUGAGAGGGAAAGACUUAGCGAUGAACUUCAUACAAUGAGACAAAACCUUCAAGCUGAGGAAAAGCGACGAAAGCAAGCUGAAAAUGAGCUGCUUAAUAUAAAGAAGAUUGUUCCUGAAAGUGAAGAUGCCAUUGAGGAAAAAAAACCGUGCAUACAGGAAAUAAGCAAAGGGAGUUCAGCCUUCCGCAAUGAACAAGGUUUACAUGUGCCAAGCCAAUCAAGAGAUUCUAUCACUGGUGGUCCGAAGAGCACAAUUGCAAAGAUAUGUGAAGAAGUUGGGAUCCCGAAAAUAUUAUCACUGUUAACCUCUAGAGAUACAGAUGUCCAAAUCCAUGCCGUGAAAGUUGUGGCAAAUCUUGCUGCUGAAGAUAUCAAUCAAGAGAAAAUUGUGCAGGAAGGUGGUCUAGAUGCACUGCUCGCAUUGCUGGAAUCAUCUCAAAACCCAGCAGCACUCAGAGUUGCUUCUGGCGCCAUUGCUAAUUUGGCAAUGAAUGAGAUGAAUCAAGGUUUGAUAACAAGCAAAGGAGGUGCUCAACUACUCGCUAAUAUAGCUUCUAAGACAGAUGAUCCUCAAACUCUUCGCAUGGUAGCUGGAGCAAUUGCAAAUUUGUGCGGAAAUGAUAAAUUACAUGUGAUGCUGAAAGAAGAUGGAGCCAUCAAAGCUCUCCUGGGAAUGGCUAGAACCGGGAGCACUGAUGUUGUUGCUCAGGUAGCCAGGGGCUUGGCAAACUUUGCGAAAUGUGAAUCUCGGAGAAUUAUUCAAGGAUAUUGGAGAGGCCAUUCUCUUCUAAUGGAAGAUGGUGCCUUAUCAUGGUUGGUUGCCAACGGCAAUACUACUAGUACUUCAACACGACGUCACAUUGAACUUGCUAUUUGCCAUCUAGCACAAAAUGAGGACAAUGCGAAAGAUUUUGUAUCCAGUGGUGGUUUGAAAGAACUCAUAGAAAUAUCAAAUAGUUCUGCAAGAGACGAUAUACGCAAUUUGGCUAAGAAAACAAUACGAUUAAGUCCAUCGUUCCAGUUACUGAUGCACGCAGAUUGA